AGCAACGUCAGCAGCAACAGUUGCAGAAAUAGCAAUUCAGUUGCUUGUUUCGGACAGUAUCAAUACACAGCAAGUGAAUAUCAAGCUAUCCAGCAUGCUCUUCGUCAGAGGCUGGGCCCAGAAUAUAUCAGCAGUCGGCAGGCUGGAGGAGGACAAAAGGUCUGUUACAUUGAGGGUCACAAGGUCAUCAGUCUGGCCAACGAGAUGUUUGGCUUCAAUGGCUGGGCUCAUUCAGUCACUCAGCAGAAUGUUGAUUUUGUUGAUCUCAACAAUGGCAGGUUCUAUGUAGGGGUCUGUGCAUUUGUGAAAGUUCAGCUUAAGGAUGGGUCAUACCAUGAAGAUGUGGGGUAUGGAGUCAGUGAAGGCCUAAAGUCUAAGGCCUUGUCCCUAGAAAAGGCAAGAAAGGAGGCAGUAACAGAUGGACUGAAGAGGGCACUCAAGUGCUUUGGGAAUGCUCUUGGGAACUGCAUCCUAGACAAAGACUACCUACGAGCCGUGAAUAAGCUUCCACGCCAGGUACCCCCCGAGUUAGAUUUGAUCACAGCUAAAAGACAGGACUAUGAGCCUGAAAUAGAGAAAGCCAGAUACAAUAGCUGUGUGGACAAGCAGAACACAGGAGGAAGACAGCAUUGUGAGACAACAUCUACUUGUAAGCCUGGCCAGACAGAGGCUGCUGUAGGGACAGUAGAUCAGAAACAGCCAAAUAGUUCCAGAAGUACAGACCCCUCAGCUGUGGAGUGUGAUGCCACUUACCAGCGGAAAUUGCGACAAAAGCAGCUACAGCAACAGUUCCGGGAACAGAUGGAGAAAAAACAUCAGGCUCCCGUUGUUACUCCUAGCGUUAAACAGGCAACAUCUGAUCCUCCUGUAAAGCACAGCACUCCAGCAGCAGUACAGCAGGAGCCAGCAAUAGAAGAGGAGUUCUUUGCAGAUGAUCCUGAACUUUGGGACAUUUCCUUGGAGAGCACCGAUCUUAAGAUAACAGGUCACAAAAUGGCAGACUUGUCAGCAGAACACCAGACACCUGAAACAUCCCAUGGACAUCAUCAAAUAACUACUCGUACCAGGACACCUCACAGAAUGAAUCACCACAAAGCUUCUGCUAGAUUUGCACAGUUGCAGCCACCUGCUCCCUCUGUAAGCACCAGCAGUCAUGCCAACCAGCAUACCCCAGCUGAGCACAGCCCCUACAGGAGAAGUGAAAGCUUGAAGAAAAGGAGGCUAGAACCUACGUAA